CUCAUCGCCGUUCUAUCCGCCUUGGCCACCCUUGUCGCCGCUGCCCCAGCCGGAGACAACGAGCUCACCAAGCGGGACAACGUACCUGGGUUGUGAGGGCACUGUACCCGCUGGGCCAGCUGUUUAGAAUGUCUUGUCGCACGGUGCAUUGGCUGAUUGCGUCGUGCCUUGCCUUUCUCGGGUCACAGCGACAUCUCGCACUACCAGGGAACAGUGAACAUGAAGACACAGAAGGCCAAAGGCGCUCAAUUCGUCAUCAUAAAGGCGACCGAAGGCACUAGCUCCAAGGACUCUUCCUUCAGCCCCAAUUACGGAGGUGCCACCAGCGCCGGCCUGAUUCGUGGCGGCUACCACUUUGCGCACCCGGAUAGUUCCAGCGGCGCCGCGCAAGCCAACUUCUUCCUCAAGAACGGAGGUGGCUGGACCAACGAUGGCAUCACGCUCCCUGGUAUGGUUGACAUGGAGUACAACCCCAACGGUGCCACAUGCUACGGUCUCAGCCAUUCCGCUAUGGUCUCAUGGAUCAAGGACUUUGGCGACACUUACAAGGCCCACACUGGCCGCCACCCUAUGAUCUACACUACUCUCGACUGGUGGACCCAGUGCACGGGCAACUCGGCCGCGUUCGGCGAUUACCCGCUGGUGCAGGCACACUACAGCUCGUCCAUCGGCACGCCGCCAGCGUCCUGGUCGUACGCCUCAUUCUGGCAAUUCUCCGACUCGCAGAAUCCUUACCCUGGCGACCAGGACAGGUGGCAAGGAACCCUCGCCAACCUCAAGAAGUUUGCGAAGGGCGGAUAAGCGUUCGAUACACGCGCGUGCCUCUUCCUUACGAACAAGAAAGAAGAAUCCUGACGGUACCGUACUUUCACCUCCCUAUAAAGUGAAUUUAAACAAUGGUAUUUUACAGAAGACUUCGACUGGGC